AUGUCGACGAUUGCUACACUCAAUCUUAUUCAGACAUUUAUUACUCGGUAUGCACUAUCUACAAUUCUUGCAUUAGGUAAUCUGGGUAAUUUACUAACAAUUAUAAUCUAUUCACAGAAAAAACAUCGAACAAAUCCUUGUUCAAUCUAUCUUAUCGCUGUAUCUUGUUUCUGUUUAAUGGGUUCGAAUUGGGCUAUAGCACCAACAGUAUAUGCACUUGAUCAUUUCGAUAUGGUAAGCAAUUCAUUGAUAUUAUGUCGUAUCCGUGGUUAUGUUAUACAUACUAGUUCAAUGUGUUUUCGUUAUACACUUGUGGUAAUAUGUGCUGAUCGAUAUGCAGUAUGUAGUAGACGGAUCUCUAUUCGAGCUCUAAGUCGACCACAAAUUGCAUAUCGAUCAAUUGCUAUUAUAACACUGUUCUGGAGUGUGGUAUCUGUUCAUUUACUCAUCUGGGAAAGUAUUGAAAGUGGGCAUUGUGGUGUAUAUGGAAUCUAUGGACAAAUAUUCAGUUUUUAUAUAGCUGUUUGUACUGGUUUCAUACCUAUUGUCCUGAUGACUUCUUUCAGUAUUUUACUUGUCAAGAAUCUCAAUAGUGUACGUUUACAGAUUGUACCAAUGAAUAAUAAUAAUGGUCGUUUGAAUCGACGAGAUAUUUCAUUCAUAAAACUUAUAUUAGUUGAAGUAGUUGUUUAUAUUAUUUGUACUGUAUUAUAUCCACCGGUGAUAAUUUACUCGCAAGUAACAUCAUACAUGGUAUUAAAUAAGACUGCUGAUCGAAAACAAAUUGAAUCAUUUAUCACUUUCAUUACAAUGUCAUUACUUUUAUAUUUAAAUUAUAAUACAACAUUUUAUGUUCAUUUUAUUACAUCCAGAGCAUUUCGACAGGAAGUGAAACAAUUAUUUCUCAAGUAUAUAAGAAGAUCACAAAAAAAUGUAUUAAAACAUCAAAAUGGACUAAAAACAAUAAACACUGUACCAGAAAGACAACAAUUGCAGAAAACUACAACCAUCUAA